AUGUCUAUUCAAACAACACCAGCAUCGGUCACUGAAAAAACAGAACCUGAAGUAUCACAACACUUGUAUGGAUCAAAAACAAAAUCCAAACCUAUCUCAGUCAAAGUGGGUGAUUUAGUUCGCAUCAACAAAACAAAGCGAACGUUUGACAAAGGGUAUCUCCCAAACUGGACCAAAGAAUUAUUCAAGGUCAUUCACAUUCGCCGUUCUUUGCCACCAACUGUUCAGUUAGAAGAUUUGGGUGGGGAAGAAAUUGAAGGAUCCUUUUAUUUGCCUGAAAUUCAGACUAUAAAAGACAAAGAUAUUUACGAAAUUGAAUCAGUCCUUGCUCGUUGCACAAGGAAAGUGGGUGGAAAAAAGAUCAAAGAAAUUAAAGUUCACUGGGAAGGUUAUCCAAAGAAAUUUGACAGUUGGAUUCCAGAAAGUCAUUUGGUAUAA